UACAGGUCUGUGCUCAGCACAUGGGAUACCUGUGGAGGGACCUGUGGUCUCUGGCCCAUGUCUGCUUCCUACGGCCCCAUGGCUUAUGACUAUGACCCCAUGGAUCCAGACUAUGGCGAACUGCACGGCAUCAGUGGCACAGGUGUCCAGCCAGGAGCCUGGGCUGGGAUUGUCAGCAUCCAGGAUCCAGGAACAGGAUCCAGGCAUAUCUGUGGAGGGUCCCUCAUCAGCACAGAGUGGGUUCUCACAGCUGCCCACUGCUUCAUCAACGCCAGGAACAGCAAUAUGUGGCAUGUGGUGGUAGGGGCCACCCAGUUGACUCAGCUGGGCCCUGAGGCGCAAGUGCGCCAGAUUAAGCAGCUACAGGUUCAUGAACACUAUAUUCCUGGUGAGGAGAGGAAUGAUAUUGCCUUGUUGAAAUUGGACCAGCCUGUUGUGUGUAGUCACUAUGUACAGCUGGGCUGUGUGCCCGAUGCCACACUGAACAUAUCGGAGCUGAAAACCUGUUUUAUUGCUGGCUGGAGUUCUACCACUACAAGAGCUCAAAGACCGAGUGAUGUCCUGCAGGAGGCCAAGGUCCACCUCAUUGAUGUCCAGCUCUGUAACAGCAGCCUCUGGUACAGAGGGGCCAUCCACACUCAAAACUUGUGCGCUGGUUACCCAGUGGGUGUCAUCGACCCCUGCCAGGGUGACGGCGGUGGUCCUCUGGUGUGCAAAGACAACAAUGCUGCCUUCUUCUGGCUUGUUGGUGUGGCCAGCUGGGGAAGAGGCUGUGCGAAAGGAAACCAGCCUGGAGUCUACAUCUCCACUCAGCACUUCUAUGACUGGAUCCUGGUCCAGAUAGACCCACAGCCAGAUAGAAGGGCAUCAAGACAUUCUAUGGCUGCCUCACCCUCUCCUCAGAGGGCCUCAAGGCUUUCUAUGACUGCCCCAACCCCCCCUCAGAUGCCAAGGCCAAUACCAACACCACUGGACAGCUUUAGCUCCAGCCCAUUUUCACUCCAGAAGCUGGUGGAAUUUUUUAAACAGGUGCACGAGCUCUUUCAGAUCGUAAGGAGAAAAUUGGCUGGAGAAGCAGGAUGAACAGGAUCCAGUGCAAGCACCACAACCAUUUCUUCUGGGGUAAUGAAUGCCUGCUGAUCCAAAGGCAGCCUCAGUGCCUACGGCCUUUGUGGGUACUUUCUGUGUCUUUGUAUCUAAUAGACGA